UGGAAAGCCAAAACCGGCGGGGAGCGCACUGGAGACCCCCGCGCGCCGCGCGCCCGGGCACCAUGCGACCCGCCGCGCCUCCCCGCGGGCCCGGGGCUGCGCUCUCGGCUCGCUGAGCCCCAGCGCUCGGGCUCCCAGGCGCACGCGGACAGUGGAGGCGACACGUCGUCCAGCCGCGGGGACACGGACUAGACUCCCCUCCUGCCCCCAAGAGGUGGCCGCUCCUCGGUUCCCGGGGCUUCUCCAAGCUCGGCCAUGAAUCUGGCGCAAGCUGGGCGGUAGGAGAAAUUCCGGAGCUGGAGGGCGAGGGCGUCAAGCAAUUUGGUUGCUAAGAGUGAAGGAGGUGCUCAGGAUGGCUCAGGGAUCUGGGGAUCAAAGAGCGGUGGGGAUCGCUGAUCCAGAAGAUAGUUCUCCCAACAUGAUUGUCUACUGCAAGAUCGAAGACAUCAUUACAAAGAUGCAGGAUGACAAGACUGGGGGUGUGCCCGUCAGAACCGUCAAGAGCUUUCUCUCCAAAAUCCCUAGUGUGGUCACAGGUACUGAUGUUGUACAGUGGCUCAUGAAGAACCUCUCCAUUGAGGACCCAGUUGAAGCAAUACACCUGGGAAGCCUUAUAGCUGCCCAGGGUUACAUCUUUCCCAUCUCCGACCAUGUUCUCACCAUGAAGGACGAUGGCACCUUUUACCGCUUCCAGGCUCCUUAUUUCUGGCCUUCAAACUGCUGGGAACCUGAGAACACUGACUAUGCCAUCUAUCUCUGUAAGAGGACAAUGCAGAAUAAAGCAAGGCUGGAAUUGGCAGAUUAUGAAGCUGAAAAUCUAGCAAGACUCCAGAGGGCCUUUGCAAGGAAAUGGGAAUUCAUCUUUAUGCAAGCAGAAGCACAAGUAAAGAUUGAUCGGAAAAAGGACAAGACAGAAAGGAAGAUUUUGGACAGUCAAGAACGGGCAUUUUGGGAUGUCCACAGACCAGUGCCAGGCUGUGUGAACACAACAGAAAUGGACAUCAGAAAAUGUCGACGUUUGAAGAAUCCACAGAAAGUAAAAAAGUCUGUGUACGGCGUGACUGAGGAAUCCCAGGCACAGAGCCCUGUGCACCUACCUAGCCAGCCAAUCAGGAAAACAACAAAAGAAGACAUCCGGAAACAGAUAACCUUUUUGAAUGCACAAAUUGACAGACAUUGUUUGAAAAUGUCCAAGGUGGCUGAAAGCUUAAUUGCUUACACGGAGCAGUAUGUGGAAUAUGACCCGUUCAUAACACCUGCAGAACCUUCCAACCCUUGGAUCAGCGAUGACAUCACUCUGUGGGACAUUGAGAUGAGCAAAGAGCCCAGCCAGCAGCGAGUGAAACGAUGGGGCUUCUCUUUCGAUGAGAUACUGAAGGACCAAGUAGGGCGGGACCAGUUCCUUCGAUUCCUGGAGUCAGAGUUCAGCUCAGAAAACCUCAGGUUCUGGCUGGCUGUCCAGGAUCUCAAAAAACAACCCCUCCAGGAUGUGGCCAGAAGGGUAGAAGAAAUAUGGCAAGAAUUCCUGGCUCCAGGAGCCCCGAGUGCAAUCAACCUGGAUUCUCACAGCUAUGAGAUAACGAGUCAGAAUGUCAAAGAUGGCGGGAGAUACACAUUUGAAGAUGCUCAGGAACACAUCUACAAGCUGAUGAAGAGUGACAGCUAUGCCCGCUUCCUUCGGUCCAAUGCCUACCAGGACCUGCUGUUGGCCAAGAAGAAGCCAGAAAGUGAGCAAGGUCGUAGAACUUCCCUAGAAAAGUUCACACGCAGUGUGUGCUGCUGGCGCAGAGUCAGAAUGGCCGCUGCAUUUCACCCCCGAGGUGGCUUCCUUCCAGCAGUGGGGAAAGUCACUGGCGGGCAAGCGCCUCACCGGCCUGAUGCAGUCCUCCUGACCGUCCCCACCGCAGGGCCAGGGCCUGGGCCUGCAGAGCAUCCGGGCGGCCGGCGACGCUCUACAUCAUCAGACAGAGCUUCCUUGCGGGGAGAUUUGGUCACUGUGAAGGAGAAAGAGUGAGGGCCAUGGAGGGCAAAGGUGGGGAGCCACGGUGGGUGAAUGGAGAGACCGGAGAGUCCGCUGCACUGGGCAGCCUGGAGAGGUCCCUGUUGCCAGGAUCUCUUCUUUGUCCAGUUGAGCACCAAUGCUCCUUCUCUCAGAGGCCUCAUUUCUAACUGGAUCUGGAGUCGGAUCGUCUCCUGGGGUUCCUGUAUGACUGUCACUUGAGAAUAUAUUCUUCUUAUCUUCAUUCCUCCUGCAGUCUGGGGGAAUCAGGCCUUCAGGCAAACUCAAGAGGGAGGAUGGGGUCCUUGACACAUGCAGUAUUACACACCACCUGCCUGUCCUCCCUCUGAUGUACACACCGUGCACAUCAUCAACAGAGCCACCAUGUCCCCACCGCCACCCUAUCCCGCCUCCCCCCUCUGUGACCAUCCAGGUAUAACCGGCCAGUGCCAGCAAUGGUUUUGUAUGAAAUGUCCCCAUCACAUCUUCAGCACAAAGGAAACAUCGCUUCCAGCUCUUUCCACCCCGUUUUGAGAGCCAGUUUUGAAGGGGUCCCCCACAGACCUGCUGGUCACCCUCGGGUCCUGCCAGGUGUCCACGUAAGGAUAUGGGAAUACACAUAGGUGACAGCAUGGCUUUUUAGCAGCUUUCUAAAACUUUUCCUUCCUAUGCUGGUUUUUUUUUUUAACUUUCUUGGUUUGUUCCUCAUGUUUUACUCAAAAUAAACAGGGCCAUGAACCCAAGGCCAUCGGGAUUCUCCCCUCCAGCAGCCUCCACCCCCCCAACCCCCGCCCUGCGUGGGAGGUGGCCGGAUUGCAGAGCACAGAGCUGGCUGUGCCCUCCUCCCAAUGUUGGCACCCUUCCAGGCACAGCCGGGCACUUUCUGUUUCCAUUGUGCCUGAAGCUGGGGGAGAGGAAAGGGUGCCAGGGGCAGGGUCACAAGGUUCCAUUCCCAAUUUUGAUCUGAGGGCUCAGCUGAAGCACUCCAUUAAGCAAAGCUUAUCAUCUAGGAGAGCUCAAACCUUGCAAAGAAAAAAAAAGUCCCCUCCUAUUCCCUCUGUGUGUGUCUGUGUGUGUGUAUGUGUCAAAAUGACUAUUUGCCAAUGUGGCUGUGAGGUCAUAUGUGUAAAGCACCAAGUCAGGUGCCAGAUACAUAGUAGGUGCUUAGCCAAUGGUAGCUGACACUGUCACUAUUGUCAUUAUGACUGUGAUUCCCAGGAGGCCCUGGGACAGAGCUGUUUUUGAAUUCAGACACUCAUACCCCUUCCCCACCUGCUAUGAUGAUCUCCCUUUGAUCUAUUUCUGGCCACAGGUGAACAAGAUCCCUUGGGAGUGUAUAAAACAGAGCACCGAGAAGGAAACAAGUGAACCAUGGUGUUUCUUUACCCAUGUGGGCAAAUUUACCAGCUGGUGACCAAAGGCUCAAGUAUUUGUUUGCAGUCUUGGCUUCCUGGGUGCUUCCUAUGGCCCCUCUCCCAACCCCCAUUUCUGAGUCCUAUCUGUGCCUACUUCCAUCAGCCUCUCAUCCCUUACAAGGGAGCCACUACGGGGAGUAAAUCUUCAUUAUAGUUGUUUCUUUAUGGAUUAAUGACACUGUAGGCAGCCAUUUUUUGGUGGACGCACACACACUCAGCACCAAGCCUGGCACUUUGUAGACACUCCCUGGGGUCUUUGGACUCCUCUUUUACUUUCACAUUUUUUUAAUUCCCUUCCACUCCAUACAACCUUGCAUUUUAGAAUAAAACUAUAAUCCAAUUUUAUCUACACCCAACAUUGCCCAAAGAAAGCUUCCCCUUUCUCUUGCAAGGGGCCCCAGGCUGAACUGACUUGGAAGACAAUGGGUAUGUGACAAGGGUGUUUUUAAGCAAUAGGCACCGCCAUGACCUAUGUUAUUCAUGGCAAGGGGCAAAGAUGCCUCCUGACUCUCUCACCAGAGGCAGAGAGCAUUCUAAGCCAGGCUGAAUUCAGAACCUGUAUACGGAAUGAGGCAACACCUCAUUGUUCCCUAAGUUCUUCACUGCUCCUGAUCUAUGCUGGCUUCAGAAUGGGCCUUCCCAUGGAGCUCCUCAGAGAGCCUGCCCAGAGUCAGGUGGCCUGAGGCCCUGAGGUGGAAUAAAGGCCUCCAAACACCUCUCAAGAUAUCCGGAGAGAAGGGCAGGGUCAGCAGGUUCAGUAGAGGUAAGGAGACAUCAGAUGGAUUCAAACCCAGAGCAAUAAUCCCCUCAUCGGCAGCCCAUACCUGAGGCAAGCUCAGUCAUGUGACCACUACUGUCUGUUCCUGAGUAGAUCAAUCAAG